AUGAUAAACAAAAAUUAUAAUAUAUCAAAAAAUGGUAUAAGACAGAUAGGAAUAAGAGCGAAUAUGACUAUUUGUUUUACUUCUAAACAUAUAAAUAUAAUAGGAAAAUGUCAGAAAAAAUAUAUAAAACAUUUUUUGAUAUUUAAUAAAGUUCUGUUGUUAUUUGUUUUAGUAUGUAUAUGCCAAUAUAGUAUUGAUGAAAUUACUUUUAAUGGUAGUAGAUCAAUAAAGCAAGAUGAAGAGAAAGCAUCCUUAAGAUUUAAUAGAUUAUUAGCUCAAAGUUUUGUAUUUAAUUCCCGUUUGGAUGGUUCUUAUAAUUAUUCUAAUGUAGAAAAUGAAAGGAUGUAUAUGCCACAUUAUAUGAAUAAUAAUUUUUUUAAAUCCCAAGCUUAUAAUGAAUCAGAAAAGAGAGAUAAUUUAAGAAGUAAAAUAUAUAAUGAACAAAAUGAUUUUGCUAAAGAAGGAUAUUCGAGAGAAUAUGAUAGCAAAUAUAAUUCCCAAGAAUUUGGUACAUCUAGAAAAAAGAAUAAUGGAAGAAAUUCAUUUAAUUAUCAAUCGAAUAAUGAAAAUAAUAAACAUUCUUCUUAUAUGAAUGAAGAUAUGUAUAAUAAAAAUUAUUUUAACCAAAGAGAAAAUAUAGAUGAAUUAAAUAAAAAAAUGCAUGAUGAUUGGUCUAAUUAUUUAAAUGAAGAUUAUUCUCAUGGAUUUGAAAGCAAUAAUUUUAAUUCACCACAUUAUGAUACAUAUAAAUCACAAUAUGAUACAUACAAAUCUCAAUAUGAUACUUAUAAGUCACAAUAUGGUAUAUACAAUUCUCAAUAUGAUACAUACAAUUCACAAUAUGAUGAUAGAAAUAAUUAUUCUUAUCCAUCAAGUGAAGAAAAUUAUGUUCCUCCUUUUAUGGAUGAAAACAUGAAUGGAUUAAAUAACAAUUAUAGAACUGGAUUUGAUGAAUCACCAAAAAAUAAUAUAAAUGAUGAUGAAGGAAUAAAUUUUGUAAGAGAUGAAUUUUACGAUGAAUAUGAUAAUAAUAUGAAUACCCCACCGCAAUAUAUGUUUUCACCAGAAUGGGAUAAUCAAAAUACAUAUGAUGGAUUUGAAUCAGGAUGGAAUAAUUAUAAUAGUGAAUAUAAUGAUUUUGGAGAUCAAGUUAAGGUUGAAACACCAUAUAUUAGGGUAGUUGAAGAAAUAAAUGAUGAAUCAGAUAAUAUAAGGGAUGAUUAUGAUAUGUUAAAUAAUAACUCAUCAUGUAAUAGAAAUGAAAAAAUGGAAUAUUAUUUCCAAUCAGAUAAAUUUCCAGUUGAUUGUAAAGGAAUAUAUACAAAUUCUAAUAUAGUAGUAGAAGAAUAUGAUACUCCUAUUGAUGUAGAAGACACUAAUAAUAAUGUUUAUUCAUGUAGUGAUAGAUUAAAUAAUGAGAGACAAAAAAAACAUAUGCAAGAAGAUAAAGAAUUUGUAAAUGAAAAAUUUAAAAAUGAUAUAGGACAUACUCCAUCGUCAAAUUCGUCGUCAUCCCAUUCGCAACCCAUGUUUACACCGGAAACGUUUCAAACAUCCAAUAUUGAAUCUCCAGAAUUUCAAACACCCACUUUUGAAUCACCACCUGUUAAUACAUCAGAUUAUGAAAUACCUCAUUUUAAUUUAUCAGAAUAUGAUUUACCACAUCUUGAUCCAUCAGAAUUUAAACCUGAACCUUUUGAUGAAUCCGAAUUUGAUCCACCACUUUUUGAUCCGUCGGAAUAUAAAAAUUCAUCAUUUAAACAACAGAAAUAUUCAGCAUCAUCAAAUUCAUCACGAUCUUAUGAAAAUGAAUUUAACUUAAGUACUCAUAGAAGAAAUUGUGAAUCUUCUUCUAGAAUACAUGUUGAUGAUGAAAAUUAUAAGCGUUUAAAAAAUAUUUUAAGUAGCUUAUGUUCAAGUAGGGAAAAAAUAUAUGAUCUUAGUAAAGAAGAGAAAGAAUUCCUUGUAAAAAUGCUAAAAUUAGAUUAUGAAGAUUUUAAUUUUAAUUAUAGAGAAAACCCACGUAUUUAUAAUGAAUCAUCAUCUUUCACGAAUUUUGAAUUAAAACGAAUACAUUCAAAAAUAAAAGCAUUUAUAUACAAAUGUCUUUUACGUUUAUUACAGUCUUAUGAAAAAUCAACUGAAAAUCAUGGAUGCGCUAAUAUAUAUGAUAUAUAUUAG